GAUCCACCUGCCGGCGCAGACUCUCUCCCCAACCCACCAGACCCAGCGAGGCGACACCGGCGGCGAGGAGGCAGGACGACGGCGGCGGCGAUGGCCGGCGGCGCGCACGGCGGCACCACCUACAAGGGCUACACCAUCCCCCACAACAAGCGCUGGCACACCGUCGUCGGCAAGGGCCUCUGCGCCACCAUGUGGUUUUGGAUUUUCUACAGGGCUAAGCAGGACGGUGCUGUGCUCUUGGGUCUGCGCCAUCCUUGGGAUGGGCACGACGAUCAUUCUAAUGGUCAUGGACAUGCACAUGAGCAUGAGGCCUCUUCGUCAUCAUCGCCAUCUCAUUGAUCGGCUGCUCCUUCAUGUGUUUCGGCAAGAGUCUCCGCCAAUAAAGGAAGCACACCGUUAUAUUUCACCCAUGUUUGCUACUUUCUCUUAGCACACAAACUGGCUUUAUUAGUGUGGUGCUUGAUUAUAUGUAACUUGCUUUGGAGCUGGCCUCGGCGGGAAGCCAAUGCUGCGAGCAACAGUUCUUUAUAUGUGUGUUGAUUAUUACCAUCGUUACAGUUUUUCUUUUCUUUUCUGUCGCCGAGGUUUAUAUCCUCUGACAAGUAAAAUCCAUGCAGUACCUAUGGAAUCACUGAAUGUGGAUUGCAAGUGGAAUGCAUGGAAGAUGGGUGGCAAACUGGCAAA